AUGAACGGAUACGUAAAAGCGAAUUGUAACGAGGGUGAACUCAGGGGCGUGAGAAUCGGGACUGCCAAUCAUCCGCGUUCCGGAUCGGACCGUAUUACUACUAUCUCUUCAUGUUACCAUGAGCAAAGGUACUCCUUUGCUCUUCUUCUCCUUCCUUUAUGCGACAUACUAUCUAUCAUUCUAGUCGAGCUGAAUCCGCUGUUGGACUUCCUGGCCGGAACCAUCGGUGGCAUAGCUGGUCUUGUUGUUGGAUACCCCUUCGACACUGUUAAAGUUCGGUUCCAGAAUCCUGAGAUGACCGGAAAGUAUCGGUCGACAAUGCACGCGCUCACAACGAUCAUUAAGGAGGAACGAUUCAUCGGAAUGUAUAAAGGGAUCACCUCGCCAUUGGCCACCGCCGCCCUCAUGAACGGCCUGGUAUUCGCGUCUUACCGGUUUUUUAUGAAGAUUCAAUUAGAGAACAACAGUUCAAUUCCUACGCUUACUCAGAUUGCUCUCGCUGGCGCUGGAAGUGGUAUUGUGUCAUCCAUCGUGACAACACCCACCGAAUUGAUUAAGAUUCGUCAACAAUCCCUUCUUGUCCCAAGCUCGACUUAUGAUGUGGUUCUUGAUAUUCUACGAAAGAAUGGAAUCCGUGGACUGUAUCGUGGCAUUGCGGCGACUGCAUUAAGAGAUUUGGGUUACGGUUCCUACUUUUUUGCAUACGAAGCAACUUCCCGAUAUUUCACACCAACUCCCGGAUCGUCUCUCCAUCCCUCUGAGAUUCAGCUUCUGCUAUCACAAGUCGAUGGUCAGGUUCGCACCCCCUCAUGGAUUGCUAUGUUACUGGCUGGUGGUGUGGCGGGAAUAGCCGGCUGGGUGACAACUUUCCCUCUCGAUGUCGUCAAGACCCGCAUGCAAAGCACCGAAAGUUCAUACAGAAGUUCGAUACUAGGCCCGGACACGAGGUCAAGUCCCAGUUCUCCUCUGCUAUUGCCAGGAUCAAAUCGGUAUCGGACCGUGUGGUCUACAAUUGUUGCAUCUUAUGAAGCUGAAGGACUGGCUGUCUUCUUUCGAGGAUUGGCGCCUACUCUCGUUCGCGCGGUACCAGUGAAUAUGGCAACUUUUGCCACGUUCGAGGCGAUCACACAUGGCUUCUCACAAGCGUAA